CACUUCACUCCACCCACCGCUUCCUUGACGUCUCUCCCAAAUUCAAAUUCCUCAACCCGUGAUCGACGUCAGAAUUCAAAGCAAUUCGUGAGAUCUCAGUUCAAUUGCACGAUAUCCACUUCCUGCUGUUUUAGGGGGCUCUACUACUCUCGCUCUCUCAUGGAGGUUAAAGAAAAUCUCAGCGAUUGUGUGAUAAAGUUGAGGGAGAAUCCGAAGAGGCGAAAGGAGACGGUUUCCGUCGGAUGUGGUGCUGGAUUCGGCGGCGAUAGGCCAUCGGCGGCUCUCAAACUGCUUCAGAGAGUUGAAGACCUUAACUAUCUUGUCCUUGAGUGCUUGGCCGAACGAACUUUGGCUGAUCGCUGGCUCUCUAUGGCAUCUGGCGGUUACGGUUACGACCCUCGUGUUUCAGAGUGGAUGCAUUUGUUACUACCUAUGGCUGUGGAGAAAGGCACUUGUAUAAUCACUAAUAUGGGCGCAAUUGAUCCCUCUGGGGCUCAGAAGAAAGUUCUCCAGGUAGCCAGUGAAUUAGGGCUCACUAUUUCCGUGGCUGUGGCUCAUGAGGUGCAUUUUGAAACAGGCUCUGGAUCAUCUUUUGCCGGGGGUGCUAGCACUUACCUUGGAGCAGCCCCUAUCGUUGAAUGCCUGGAGAAGUACCAACCAGACGUGAUAAUUACUUCAAGAGUGGCUGAUGCCGCCUUGUUUUUAGCACCAAUGGUCUAUGAACUAGGUUGGAAUUGGAAUGACUUGGAGCUUCUAGCUCAGGGAACUCUUGCUGGCCACCUUCUGGAAUGCGGAUGUCAGCUCACUGGUGGAUACUUCAUGCAUCCAGGUGACCAGUAUAGAGACUUGGCUUUCCCUCUCCUCCAGGAUGUAUCACUUCCUUAUGCAGAAAUUGGCCAUGACGGGAAAGUAUGUGUCUCAAAGCCUAAAGGUACUGGUGGAAUUUUAAGUACCAGUACUUGCGCUCAGCAACUUCUGUAUGAAAUUGCUGAUCCGAGUGCCUACAUUACACCUGAUGUGGUGAUCGAUAUACGAGACGUUUCUUUCCUUCCCCUUUCAGACUGCAAAGUACAAUGCAGUGGAGCAAAACCAUCUGCUAACACUACUGUGCCUGAGAAACUUUUGCGGUUGAUUCCAAAGGAGUGUGGUUGGAAAGGAUGGGGAGAGAUAUCUUAUGGAGGACAUAGAUCUGUUCAACGUGCUAAAGCUUCAGAGAAUCUGGUUCGAUCUUGGAUGGAAGAAACCAUUCCUGGUGUUAACCACUGCAUUCUUUCUUAUGUGAUUGGGGUUGAUAGCUUGAAGGCGACAAGCAAUGACGCUGAAUCAUCUUGGCAGUCAUGCGGAGAUAUUAGAUUACGUAUGGAUGGUCUAUUCAAACUGAAAGAUCAUGCAGUCCACUUAACGAAAGAGUUUACUGCUUUAUAUACAAAUGGACCAGCUGGUGGUGGUGGAAUUAGUACCGGACACAAGAUAGAGAUUGUUCUUGAGAAGCUUUUGGUCAGCCGUGAAUCUGUAAUCUGGAAAACUGGAUUUCAGCACACCAACACAUCAAAGUCAGAGAUCCCUGAAAAUCAUUAUCCAGUUGCUCAGGAGAAAAUCCAAAAGAUCCCUAAGGAAAAUCAAAAUAACCUAACAAUGAAAGGCGAUCAAUGGACGGCUUUAUGUGGAUUUCAUCACUCUCCAGCUCCAUCUGGCCAAAAGAUCCCACUAUACUCUGUAGCUCAUAGCAGGGCUGGUGAUAAAGGAAACGACAUAAACUUCUCACUUAUCCCACACUACUACCCUGAUAUUGAUCGUCUGAAACUCAUCAUUACUCCCCAAUGGGUAAAACAUGUGAUGUCAGUUCUGUUAUCAACCUCUCCGCUUCUUCAAACCGAUGCAAAACCAAUUGAUGAAAAUGUGUCAGUAGAGAUAUAUGAUGUUAAAGGCAUUCAUGCUUUGAAUGUUGUCGUACGGAACAUAUUAGAUGGUGGAGUCAACUGUUCCAGGAGAAUCGAUCGACACGGAAAGACAAUCUCAGAUCUCAUCUUGUGUCAACAUGUUGUGUUGUAAGACUACUUUCCUUUGCAUAUCAGAUUUUUCUAUUCAAAUAUUGUGUGGUAAUGUUAACCUAAAAAGAGACUUGAAAUACACUAUAUAAUUCUAAAGAAAUUGGAAAAAGAGGAAAUCGACUUAGUGGUGCUUCA